UCCCGUCCAAUCGUCUGUGCCCUCCUCGCUGUCUGCGCACAGCUCUCUCCUCCAGCCGACAUCUAAGCAGCAGAUCCAAGGCUGACAUCGCCGGAGCACCAGCACCACCAGCACCAUCAGCAGCACCACCGGCACCGCCAGGACCGGAACGACCGUAUUGUGCCUGCCGCGCAUUCUUCUGCGAGGAAACCACAUCCAGAGGAAAACGCUGAGUGAGGCACAAUGGGACCGUUCCAAGAAUAUGAGGAAAAGAAGUCACCGGAGAAAGGAAGCCCCCGCAGCCGCAUUCCCCGCUUGGUUCUCCAUCCCUUCAGACCAAAAGACAAAGGGUCGCCCGCGUCGGACUCACCGCUGUCGGAGGAGGAGGGGAAGGAGUGUGACGUCAGCUCCGACCACUCCAAGAGGACCAUAAGCACCAACAGCUUCUGCUCUGGCUCAGAGCAGAGUGCCACAGGCUCGCCGACACUCCCGGAGCGCAAGACCAAAGUGAAGAGGGUGAGGCUGAUGGCCGAGCCGCGCAGCAAGAGGGAGCUGAGGUCGGCCAUGAAAGUCAGAGGAAGUGAGGCCGACUUCAGCUCCUCCAGCAGCACGGGCAGCCUGAAGACCAGGGAGGGCCUCGCUGGUGUUUCAACUGGGAAGCGGGCUCCUCCACGCAGUCGCGGCUCCCACGUCAGACAGCUGCCAGUGUUUAAGCCGCCCGGGAGCCCCACAGCCAGCCGCAAUGCGGAGCUCUGCGCCCCCUACAGUUCUCCACCCAGAGCCGCCUCCUCCACCAACAGCAGCAGCUGCCACUCCAGCCCCACCUCCAGAAGGGCAGCCCAGGGCCGCUUCCACUCCUGCGGGGACAACCACGGCAUCAGACCCCCGAACCCCGAGCAGUAUCUCACCCCUCUCCAGCAAAAGGAAGUGGCCAUCAGACACCUGAAGACCAAACUGCUGGAGUCUGAGAACACCGUCCAUGACAGAGAGGUGGAGGCCGAGGAGCUCAAGUCCCAGCUCGGCAGGAUGAGGGAAGACUGGAUCGAAGAGGAGUGCCACCGGGUGGAGGCUCAGCUGGCCCUCAAAGAGGCUCGCAAGGAGAUCAAGCAGCUCCGCCAGGUGGUGGAGACGAUGAAGAGCAGCCUGAUGGAGAAGGACAAGGGAAUCCAUAAGUAUUUCGUCGACAUCAACAUCCAGAACAGGAAGUUGGAGUCCCUGCUUCAGAGCAUGGAGCUGGCCCAGAGCGGCGCCAGCCUCCAGGACGACAACAACGCCCUGGACUUCCUCUGCGACGGCCUGGCGGACUGCGGGAAGAAGAUGGAGGACGAGGGCGAGGGCGGGAUGGAGCUGGGAACGCAGGGGGCGGAGGCGAUGGCCGACAGCGGCCUGCUGGUGAACGACGAGAUGGCCAACAGGGCGGACAUUUUGGAGCAGGUCUUCAUGUCCACCGCGGUGGACUUCAGUCACGACUGCAGCGGCAAGUCCGGGCCCGGGGUGUCUGCGGUGCUGUCGUCGUCGUAGGAGGAGGGGCGGCUGAUUGGCGACUCUGCUGCACCCCCGCCGGCUCCACCCAACACCAUGUCCGCCACCAUCAUCCUCUCCAGCGCUGUCCCCACGGAGGACAAAGGGAUGCAGACGGAGACCGUGUCCGUGUCUCCGGACCUGCAGACGGUGCUCCUCCAGCUGCUCAAGUUCCACGAGGCGGCGGCGGCUCCGUCGGCCUCCGCCGGCCUCCCGAGCGUCCCCAACCUGCCCGGCUCCACCGCUGCCGGUCUCCCCGACUCGACGGGCGGCGUGCCCGCCGGUCCCGCUUCCCCGCGGAGCCCCGACGACUCCGGCCUGUGCUGCUCGGAGCCCGCCGCGGAGAGCCGGCGGUCCAUGGAGGAGCUGGACUUCAGCGUCGGCGAGGAGGAGGGAGCUCCUCCUCCUCUUCUUCGUGCGGGACCGGGCGCGGUCGGCAAGCGCUACUGGAGCAGCAGCUUCCUGGUGGACCUGGUGGCGGUGGCGGCGCCCGUGCUGCCCACGGUGGCCUGGCUGUACUCGCGGCACGGCGUGGACGGCAGCGCGCCGGUGUCCAACAUCGCGGCGCUCUUCAGGGGCUGUUGCAUCAUGGGAUUGCACUCUCUGCGUCUCGCGUAAAAAAAGGGCUUCCCGCCCCGCAUGCACACACCGGACGGGUUGAACGAAAAAGCACUUAAGCAUCUUUUCAAGAGUAUCUGUGAGAUUUAUUGCACUCUUAUUAACGUAGUUCUUUUGGUUGCGGCACUUCCUUUGCACUGGAGUCGCUGGGAGCGACAUGAAGGGGGUUAUUUAUGUAGUUUAUUUAUCAUUGAGAUGUCAAAAACUGACCGUCUGGGUAGAUGGUAGUGUUAUCAUUGUCGUGCGGUGUCCCUGUGUUUAAGGAAAAUUAAAUACAAAUUAAGUUAAUAAUGUUUCGGAUGAGAUUCUUAAGGGGGGUGAAAGAUUGACUGUAGUUUCUAUUUGAUGGGUUUGACAACAGUUCUAUGUUCAAAAAGAAACCUUCAGCCAAAGCUUUAAUGUGACUGCACUGCUAUUGUUUUGUGACGGUGUGGUGUGUUUUCCUCCCACAGUAGAGCUUUAUUUGGUACAGUGUGUGUGUUCAUAGAAAACUGCUUCAAAGCAAUCACGACUUAUGUGCCUGAGCUGAUGUGCAAUACUGGUAAUUUACAUGAUGUCCUUGUAUCUUUAUGAAUAAAGCAUGAUAAAUUCUGACCAUG